AUCUCCGCGUAAAAUAUCUCUAUCCGCGUCAAAAUUCUUCCUUUAAAAACAAAAUGCAGAUCUUCCUGUACACAGCUGUGUUGUUCUAUCUCAAGGAGUCUGCCAGCGCUGAGCCCAAAGCCACAUGUCCAACACGGUGCGAUGUGAGUACCUGUCCGAGUCCCAGCUGCCCCAGCGGUUACGUGCCGGACCGCUGCAACUGCUGCCUGGUGUGCGCAGGGGAAGGAGAGCCGUGCGGCCGCAAGGACGACCUGCCGUGUGGGGACGGACUGGAGUGCUCACCCGCGGGCAAGCGGCUCUCUAAGGGGCUCUGUCAGUGCAAGUUCAGCCACGAAGUUUGUGGCAGCGAUGGAAAGACCUACAGUAAUGUGUGCCACCUGAAGGCGACCAGUAGGAAGGCUCUGCAACAGGGACUGCCUGGCAUCACCCAGACCCAGAAAGGACCGUGUGAGACCAGUAUAGGUCCUUCACAUGCUGCCAGUCCUCGUUACAAGUUCAACUUCAUAGCUGAUGUAGUGGAGAAAAUUGCCCCUGCUGUGGUCCACAUCGAGCUCUUCCUCAGGCAUCCUCUCUUUGGCCGGAACAUCCCACUGUCUAGUGGAUCUGGGUUUGUAAUGUCAGAGAAUGGACUAAUUGUUACCAACGCCCAUGUAGUCUCAAGCAGCUCUCCAGUGUCCGGCCAACAGCACCUCAAGGUCCAGAUGCAUAAUGGUGAUGUAUAUGAAGCCAGCAUCAAAGACAUAGACAAAAAAUCUGACAUUGCUACCAUCAAAAUCAACCCCCAGACAAUGCUGCCUAUAUUGUUUCUGGGCCACAGCGCAGACCUGAGGCCAGGGGAGUUCGUGGUUGCGAUUGGCAGCCCCUUUGCCCUCCAGAACACUGUCACCACUGGCAUUGUCAGCACCGCCCAGAGAGAUGGCAAGGAACUGGGCCUCAGGGACUCUGACAUGGACUACAUCCAGACGGAUGCUAUUAUCAAUUAUGGGAAUUCAGGAGGACCUCUUGUCAAUUUGGAUGGGGAGGUGAUCGGCAUCAACACACUGAAGGUUGCAGCAGGAAUCUCAUUUGCCAUCCCAUCCGACAGGAUCAUUCGGUUCCUUAAUGAUUCCCUUGAUAAGCAUAAUAAAGAUGUGAGGUCAAUAAAGAAGCGUUUCAUUGGAAUAAGGAUGUUGACCAUCACACCAGCGUUAACUGAAGAGCUAAAACAGCAGAACCCGGAUUUCCCUAAUGUUACUAGUGGGAUUUAUGUCCAUGAGGUCGUUCCUCACUCACCUGCACAAAAAGGCGGUAUCAAAGACGGUGACAUUAUUGUGAAACUGAACGGCAGACCUCUGAUGACAACAGCUGACCUGCAGGGGGCACUGCAGGAGGAGACAGCCCUGCUACUGGAAGUCAGGAGGGACAACGAUGACCUGCUCUUUAACAUUGAACCUGACGUUAUCAUGCAGUAGACACUGCAAGCACAGCACUCCUGCAGAGCUAGACCAACAUCUAAGGCCCUAUUUUUGUGAAAAGACAUGUUGGAUGGUAGAAACUCUGUACCAGUGAAGUGAAGUGGUAUUUAUGUCAAGCGCACACAUCUUCUGAUACUCUGCAACUGCCAGUUAACUUGACUCUACCAAAAUAAAAGGAGGUCAGUAAGGAUGACAUGGCACAAUACAGUUUUGGCAUUAAGGAUUUCCAAUUGUACCUCCCUCAGAGGUACAUCAGGUCAACGUCGGAGCACCUCACAGAAUCACUGGAUUCAGAUGUUACCUAACAGUUUUGUCUGUCAUUCUGUCAUUUCUAUUUACAUGCAGCCCAAAAAUAAUCAAGCAACAAUGGUUGUUGGGCAGCAUUUUAUGGUGCUUAUCACAAAAUUUAUAAGAUAAAAGCAAAGUUGAUGAAUGUACUGUAGAGUUGAUAAAUGAAAACUGAACAAAAUUCAAUCUAAAAAUCAAAGGUGGUUAUCAUAUACAGAUAAUUAAUUUGGUCAACAUUGUUCAAUUCACAGUAUCCAUCCAUCGACUCGGGAAAAGAGCGAGUCCACAGGACAUGACCAGGACAGAAUCCACAUUGCUCCUCCAUCAACUAUACUUUGUAACCUGGGGUCAGCAUGUCAAACCCCCAGCCAUCGUCUGGCACUGAUUUGAUAACCUGACCUUCUGAGCGAGAGAGAUUCAACAGAGGUCCCCAGCUGGUGUCAAACCAGCUGGGACCUCAGGUCGGGGUGCUCACCCCUCAACUCUCAUGUCCCUACAUCAUUCCUUCCAGGUGAGCAGACCAGGAUUCAUGGCUGUGGGCCCAGCCACCAGGCACUCACUGGGUAGAACUUAAUGCAAACUUAUCAGUUCUGUCACCUCCAUCGACUCUGCUUUUAUCACUUGCCGUUUUAGUUCCCUCAUAAAAUAUAGAUGAUUGAACAUAGAUGACGAUAUAGAUGAUGAUCGGUCAUUAAAAAAAAACGUUCAUAGACUCUAUGAAAGCCUUCCCUUUGUGUUGAUUAAAUCCUUUAUCCUUUUUAAAUCCUAAGUUAUCAUAAGGCAGUGUGUGUAUCUGUGUUCAGGCUGCAGCCUCUCAUUUUUUAAGGUCCACUGAAAAAUGUGAUUACAUAAUUUCUCACUUUUCAGCUAGGGGUAUAUGACUAAAACUUUUACAGCCAGUUACAUGCAGUGUUGUUGUUGAGUUGACACACUUACUGUCCUCUCUAUUAUGAGCAUCUCAGGCCACAAAAUACCAAAGAGCCACUCUUUCUAUGUACUCUUUGUACAUUGUCUCUUGUGCAGUGGACUACACUUUUCACCAUUUAUCAUGAAAAUAGGGUUUUAUUUUUGUUGAUUUUGGCUUUCAAUCAAGUAUCAGACCAUCAAUGCCAUCUGCUGCUGAUAUGAUGGACAUUCCUUCUUGACCACAACUAGUGCUGUGUUUUUCAUUCUUUUUCAUUAUUGUACGAUCAGAGGAACCAUUCUAGUGUGUUUUAUGAGAAUUUUGUCAAAAAGUUUGAGUCUUGAGUCUGUGAAAUCUGCAAUAAAACCUGAUUAGUUUAAGGUAUGAAUAAUGGUUUGAGAUAAUGACUAUAGGUUCAUUCCAAAACUGUUGAGCCCAAUCUAUAUUAAAAAUAGUGAUGAUUUACAUUAGAUCUUUUGCUGGAAAAAAACUAAGUGCCAAUCUAAGUGCUGUAGGAAUCUCAACUGAGCCCUAAAGUUAUAUCACCUCUGAAAGACAUUGAUUACUUUUCCUAAACCCCAUAGAAAAGAAUGUGUGUGACAAUGUACCGGUCAGACAUAAAGAGCUGUUCCUCAUUUCUGAGGUUGUCUUCCUCAAAGCCUGCAUUUCAAGACUGAAUACACCAUCAAGUGCCUGAUCACACCAAAAAAUGUUUCAUAGAAAUUAAAAAAUACAAAUCUCUUGAAUUAAUGGUCCAACGUGUUGGUAACAUGUAACAACCCAUACUUAAAAACUUGUGUAUCAUGGAACAAGUUGACAGCUGGUGUUCACCUUUAUGUGCUGUUGAGUGCUCAAAGAUUAUCCAACAGUGGUCAAAACCCCUUGCCCAACACCUUUCAGAUGUCUUUAGUGAUGUUUAGAUAAUGCUAUUGUUAUGGUAUAUGCAGUUCUGGAGAAAUGAUUUAUUGUUAUGUUUGGGGACCUUUGGUCUAUCCUGGCUUGUGCGGAAAGAAAGAAAGAAAAAAGAAAGGAUGGGAGCUGACAAUAACUCAUGAGACUGAUUUGUCAUCCUCAGUAGCUUCACUCAACUCCUGCUGUGUCAGCUCUCUCAGUAGAUAGCAGGACCUGCAUUGUCAGUGAUGCUCUAAGCUCAGUUCAUUCAUGUUAACAAAUAGAUGCAGACAGAAAUGCAAGAAACCAAAACACAUCAGGGGUGAAGGUUGUUAUUCAUUGUCCUUCUCAGUUUCAACAAAAACAGUUCCUCACUGUCUGCAGUGAUUAGCUAAUCAAUAGGACAAAUGACAACCUGUGACUGUGAUCCUACAAACUACUUUGAAGUACACUGAAGACCUUUAAAGAGCAACUUCCCAGUUUGGAACUUGUGCACUUUAGGUGAAAAGAGUUGAGGAGGAGGUGAUCACAACAAUAGCUCGGGUCUCUGUGAGGUUUGGGAUAGAAAUAUACAAUUAUUCUAUAAUGAAUCCACUGUGAACAAUCUAAUCUGGAGAGGUGAAGGAGGUUGACCCUUUAGCCUUUUGUAGGUUCCAUAUUUCUUGAUGCGUGGAACGGGACAUAGCCAAGUGCAGACCCUGAACAGUGCACAAUCCCCACUAUACAGUCAGAUGUUGGGAUGUUAGGCUCUAUAAUAAGAGACACUUGAUAUUUUUGUUUGUGCUUUACAUCUGCUGUGUCAUGUUAUAGUAACUUAUAGCUGAUUUGAUGACAUCCACUGACUCCCAAACAAAGUGAACAAGAUGCAAUACCUUACUUGAGGUGGAGGCAUUACCAGACAUCAUAACAAAAUACAUCCUGAUCUAAGUGCACAUAGAGCAUGAUAUAGUGAGCUUCCUCAGGAAGCUCUCAAGCAGCAUUGGAAGUGAGUUUUGCCAGAAGCAGUAACAACAGCUGACACAGCACUGUAUACUGCUUCAUGUCUGUGUUCUGCACGAAUUUCUGGUAACUGACCAGUUUGUUAGUGACUCUUCCAAGUAAUUUUAUCUUUGUAUAAUAGCAUUUUGUUAGCCAGCGUACACUAGUAUCUGCAUUACAUUACCAUAUAAAGUUAUUAUCACCUUUUUUUAAAUGUCUUUGCACAUUUACAAAUCCCUCACACAGAGAGCAACAUUAGCAUUUCAUUUGGAGUCAUGUGUUUGGCCAAUAUUCACUGUUUUGGUCUUAACCAACUUCUGAGAACCAGCUAGUGUCUAACUAUGUCUAUCUAUGGUUAGGAAUGGGUAGCUCCUGUAGCAGAAAAGAGGUUUAAGAGUAUAGUGAGAGUGAACCAAAAUGCAAAGUUACAUGAAAUAAAACCAAAACAAUGAGUUGAAAGAUGCUCCACAGAGCUUAGUGGAACUGCAGAAAUGGUGACAAUUCUCUAUGGAUCUCUCAGUGGGAGUAACCCCUUUCCCCUCACACAUAAUCAUAUGAUUCUUUUUGCUACAUAAAUAUUGAUUAGUGCAACUUUAACAUUAAUUGCUUGGCUUAAUAAGACUGCUGGCUAUAUUGCUUGCUGUUGCAACCUACAAAAAAACGGUCACACUCAAGCUAAAUACAUCUUGGACCCAUCUCUGUACUAGACCCAGAGAUUUUUCAGCAAUAGCAAAAUUGUUUAUUUUCCAGCAGGCCUCCAUGCAGCUGCCAUAUGCAUUUGCAAUAGCUACAAACAGUUCACCAACUGAAAUCUUAAUGGGUAGAUAGUAAAAUAUGGUAUUAUUUUUGGUGUUAUUUUUAAAACUGAUGUGUAUGAUUUGUGUCAAAUUGUAUUUAAAGACAAAAUAAGAUAAGUUGUUGUUCAGUAUAACGAUAACCUUCUGGUAUAAGUUUGAGACAGUACUUCUGUCAAAGCCUUUUUUCUCUGGUUGGCAUGAUUCUGUAAUGCUGAAAGUUGUCCUUGCAUAACCAAAUGUGAACAACAUGUGUGUUAAUUUAGUUGAAAUGAUGUACUCUGUUGUAGUGAAGAGCACAAAAUGUGAGUGUCUUUUUUCAUGGCUCAUUCACUGUUGCUGUUUUGGUCCAACUGUAUGUGGAUUUUAGUAUGAACAGACUCAAAACCAAAUGUUUACAUGUAAGUUGCCAACAAAGCAAUAUUCUGAUUCAGCCUUUGGAAGUAACAUUUCCACCAAAUAAAGUUUUAACAAAUUUAGAAA